AUGGGACGCGAUAUCGAUUAUUUCGGAGAAAAUUUAGUCGAGCGUCUUGGACUCAUACGACGAAUUCGCAAAAUGUGUCUCGCCAAGAACACAGAGACCAAUGAACGAGAUCGUGGGACGCUCAGCCAGGCAACUCUAUGGUCGCUGCUGCUAAUUAUUGACAUGACGCGACUUCGAAAGAUCGCGAGUGACUUGGAGGAGGACGGUGAUGCGAAGGAAGAUACUCUGUUCCGCCUUCCUGAAGUUGCUGAUGGUGUACAAGAAAUGGUCUGGUAUUGUAAACCACAUGCUCCCAAUUCCUUUCAGUUUUUCUAUCUUUUGAUUAAUCGAUAUCUAGUCACCAAAGGGCCGAUUUUCGAGUUGGGGGACGAAGAAAUGAUCAACCGGAACGCGAGCUUGGCGCGAGCGGCAUGUCAGCGAUUGGUAGACAUCUCAACAGCCAGAUAUCGGUUGCUAACGAUCCGGCAGGUUCUUGAACGAGACGGCAUGCAUUGUGUCUUGACUGGCCACAAUAAUCCUGAAGUGUGCCAUAUCUGGCCCUUUUGGGCUGUGAACCGGAAGGACCAAGCCGACGAUUCACUCAAGGCAUUGGCUUUGGUAUUCGGAAUGGAACGCAUCCUUGAACUCAGAGAAAAGCUUGCCGACAAAGAAUCCAACACCGUCGAAAAGCCCGGCAACAUGAUCACUCUCAGCGGAGAGCUUCAACGACUCUGGGAAGAGGAUUUCCUCGCCCUUGAACCUAUCGGGCCUGUCUUCAAACCGGCGCAUGUCCCGACCACUUCAAGCACCGGAGAGGAAGGUACUGCUAAAGAGACAUCGACCCCGGCAAAUCGUGCCAAAAACGAUCCCAAAGAAGGCCUCCGGGAGAAAGCUUCGGAUAGGUUGAUGGAGAAGAAGAAGGAACGUGAUGCGGAACGCGAGAUCAUGCACAUCGAAGGUGUUAAGCUUCGGUUUCAUUGGCUCAAACGAACCACUCACGAGUCCAUGUACAGCAUCCUUGGUCCCGAUGCCGAGUUGAACCCGCGGAAGAUGUGGAAAGAUUGGGAGGAUAAUAUCGUGGUUCACGACGUUGACGGCCGGCCCCUCGAGAACGGCCAUGUUCUCGGGAUUUUCCCAACAAGCCAAGCCGAAGCCCCCGAUAUGGAAAUUCUGCGCCUUCGGUGGGAUGUCCUCCGGAUGCAUGCCCUGACUGGAGGUGCUGACCCGGUGCUGUACGCACCCGAUGACGAUUAUGAAGAUGGGCGGAGGGUCUCGGUCGAUCGACCCAAGAAGGUGCGUGCUCUUGAAGCUCUGAAGGACAACCAAACCGAGGCCAACAACCACUGAGAACGGACGAAGACAGCCCAAGUUUCGACGCUUCCUUUCAUCUUACCCUCGUUUUAUUGGCAUUUCGUCUCUGCUUCUGUCGUCCUGACAUUCCAGUCUCUCAUGGGACCAUCAAUCAGACUAGGAGACAUGAGAAUAGAAGAACU